AUGAAGGUGGAAAGACCAUGCCCUGAGGUUCCACCUAAAUUUCAUAGGCUAUACAUGUCAUUUGCAGCCAUGAAGAAGGGAUUUCUAAAUGGUUGUAGGCCAGUUAUUGGGGUAGAUGGAUGCUUUUUAAAAGGGCCAUUUAAGGGAAUGCUCUUGGCUAUUGUUGGUCGGGAUGGCAAUGACAAUAUGUACCCGAUUGCAUAUGCGGUUGUUGAAGCCGAAACCAAGGACAGUUGGACUUGGUUCUUGGAAACCCUGGUGUCAGAUCUUGGAACACAUGACCGACAUGCUAGGCCGACAUUUAUAUCUGAUCGGCAGAAGGGUCUUAUGCCUGCCUUUGAGGAUGUAAUCCCGAUGGCAGAUCAUCGAGUUUGUGUUAGACAUUUAUGGGCAAACUUUAGAGAUGAAAGGCAUCGAGGGGUUGCACUGAAGGAUAAGCUAUGGGCUGCAGCAUGUGCCUAUACCGAAGCCGAGUUCAAUGUACAUAUGCAGGAGUUGAAAAGAAUGAGCCCAGCUGCUUUUGAGUACUUGGACAAGAUUGAUCCAAGUGGGUGGUCUAGAGCAUGGUUCCAUGAUUACCCUACAUGUGAUCUGCUUGUGAACAACAUAUGUGAGUGUUUCAAUGCCUACAUUCUGAAAGCUCGUGACAAGCCUAUAUUGACCAUGUUGGAGAUGAUAAGAAUAAAACUUAUGAGGAGGUAUCAAGUCAAAAAAGAUGGCAUUUCAAAAUUGACUGGGAAGUUAUGUCCUAAGGUGGCAAAGAAGCUGGAGUCAAUUGGACUAGAUGCAAUGGAAUGUGUUCCCCAUUUUGCUGGUGAGAAGUUGUUUGAAGUGGAAGCUCCUAAACGGUUGCAGUAUGUUGUGGACUUGCAUAAAAAAACUUGUGGUUGUAGACAAUGGGAAAUGACUGGUAUCCCAUGUGCGCAUGCAGUUUCUGCUAUACUGUUUGAUUGUGGGGAACCUGAGGAUUAUGUCCAUGAAUAUUACAGUAUAGAGAUGUACAAAAAAAGCAUAUGCCCCACUAAUAUACGUUAUGCCUAG